GAUACACUGACACUGACAUCUGCUUCUUUGGAAAUUGUGUUAUAGCUGGAUUUAUUUAAAUUCAUAUAGUAAAUCACUAUAUAGCAAUGGCACUCGCAGGACGUACCUUGAGACUUUUGGCAGCUAACAAGAAUGUAUUAACUGCAUUCCAAAGAAGAAAUUAUUCUGAUGAAUUAUCUUUGACAUUUGCUGCUGCCAAUAAGGUAUUCUAUGACUCAGUAGAUGUAAAGCAGGUGGAUGUUCCAUCUUUCAGUGGUGCUUUUGGUAUCUUAGCUAAACACGUACCUACCUUGGCUGUUCUCAAACCUGGUGUUGUAACUGUUUACGAAAAAGAUGGUAACACAAAGAAAAUAUUUGUUUCAAGUGGUACCGUAACAAUUAAUGAAGACUCUACUGUUCAGGUUUUAGCAGAAGAAGCUCAUCCAGUUGAAGACUUAGACCCAUCAUCCAUCAGGGAAUUACUUACCACAUCCCAAAGCCAGCUCGCACAAGCUAGUGGAGAUCAAGCCAAAGCAGAGGCUGCAAUUGCUGUUGAAGUAGCAGAGGCUUUGAAUGCUGCAGUUCAUUAAAAUUAAUACACGAUUAAUUGAAUCUAAUUGAAGAAAGUAAUAAGAACUGCCAUGUAUCAUCUUGUGCUUGAUAAAAUAACAAAAAAUAAGUCAGAUAUUAGAAAAAUAAAAUCUUAUAUG